UAGUUGUUUUUUGUUUUAUAACCUGCUUUUAUUUACAUAUACAUACAAAUUAAACAAAAUUUGAUGUGUUGGAAGAACUACUUCCUUGCUUGUCACUUUCUAAUUUACUAAUUUGAAUGGAUUUUAGGUUAAAAAUAUGAAAAAGUGAUUCACCAUUAUUCAUUAUCAAUUAAAAAUAAAGAGCAGUAAAUGUAGGCUUUCCAGUGAUAAAUAAAUAAACGUUGAUUUUGUGUCAACUCAUCAGUAUUAGUUUUUUAUAUAAAUUUGAAGAUACUCAGUAUUAAAACAUCACAAUAUGUCACAAAAUAAAAAAGAAAAAGUCCAUAAAAUGGUAUAUGUAAUAUUUAUAUCUUUACUAUUAGAUUUGUUCGCCUUUACUAUGAUAUUACCUCUUUUACCUUCCUUAUUGGACCAUUAUAAAAUUAAUGAUAGCAAAGGAUUGUACAACUGGCUAUCUAGCCAAAUUCAUGAAUUUCAAAUAUUGGUGGGUGCUCCAGAAGAAUAUAAUUCAGUGUUAUUUGGAGGUUUCCUAGGAUCCUUAUUUAGUUUCCUACAAUUUUUAGCUGCACCUAUCUGUGGAGGUCUGUCAGAUAUAAUUGGAAGGAAAACAAUUAUGGUUAUUUGCCUAGUUGGUAUAUCACUUUCAUAUAUUCUAUGGGCGCUUUCCAAAAAUCUUGUAAUAUUUAUAUUAGCUCGAUUUCUGGGAGGGAUUAGCAAAGGAAAUGUAUCGUUAAGUAUGGCGAUUAUUACUGAUGUAUCCUCCAUAAAUACUAGAGGUAAAGGAAUGGCACUAAUUGGAAUAGCAUUUUCCUUGGGAUUUAUUGUUGGACCCCUAAUUGGGGCAGGUUUUGCUGUAUGGGCCAAGAAACGUUCUGGUGAAUGGUUUAUUGUCCCUGCACUUUUUGCGUUCCUAUUGUCUCUUAUUGAUUUAAUCUUCUUUGUGACAACUUUUAAGGAGACUUUACCUAAAGAGAAACGUGCCAAAGACGUCAAAGUCACACUGACAAAUAUGCUAUCUUUCAUAAAUAUCAAAAGUCUUUUUGAUUUUACUGCCGUAACUGGCCUACCUAGAGAUGAACAAAAAAAGUUAAAAACAUUGGGCUUUUUAUAUUUCGUUUAUUUACUUAUAUAUAGUGGAUUGGAGUUUACUCUUACUUUUCUCACCCAUCACCGAUUUAACUAUACUACCAUGCAGCAAGGCUGGAUGUUUUUUGUGAUAGGGCUAACAAUGUCUGUGAUACAAGGUAUUUAUGUGAGAAGAAUACAUCCUAGUAAAAUUAAGUCAAUAGCCAUAAAGGGAUUGUGGUUAAUUAUUCCGUCCUUUAUAUGUGUUGGAAUAGCAUUUGAAUUUUUCGUUCUGUAUUUGGGACUACUACUGUUUGCUAUUUCAACAGCAAUGGUGGUUCCAAGUAUAAUGACAAUGGCGUCGGAAUAUGGCACGGAGCAGCAAAAAGGAACAGUUAUGGGUAUUUUCAGAUCUCUAGGGGCUCUAUCCCGUGCUAUUGGACCAAUUUUGGCAAGCGUGGCAUUUUGGAGCGUAGGCUCUAAAAUUACUUACUUAACAGGUGCAGUUCUGUUAGUUUGGCCCGCUGUGACUUUAAAACGAAUAAGAUGAAUUGUUAAAGACUUAUUUUAUUUAUUAUAACAGUUUUUUAUAAAGUUAUUAUAUUUUUAA